UUGUAACACCGGACCCGAAUUUUACUGUGAGAAAUUUUUUUUUUUUUUCAUCAAGUACUGGGUUAAAGAAGGUAAAUCAAGGCUAAGAGUAGUCUUGAUAAAUGAGAAAGUAAAAAUUUUGUCUUAAAUUAAUAAAGGGUUAUUAAUUUAGACGUGGGACCACUCGUGAUAUUCUAAGUUCAUUUAUAAAAUAUUAAUGUUUACCAAAAUGAUACUAUUAUGAUAGUAGGGAUGGGUCAUGGACCCAGUGAUAUAAAGAAACGACAACUAGACGGCCAAGCGGGCUGGGGUCUCUAUUCGAUAAUUGGGAAUCAUUAAUCAUCGAACUGAUAAUAAUUCGGAAGGCUACGAAUUAAUAACAGAAGGAAUAUAAAUGUUUUAAAAACCCAAAAUAAUGGGAUGAUAAUGUAUGAUUAAAUUGACAUAUUAGAGGUGGGUACUUUUGGAGGACCCUACCUUGAAGAUAUUUUCGUAUAAGAAUAAACAGAUAAGAUUUUAUCUGCUUAUACAGUUGGGACCACUUAAAAAUAAGUGUAACAUUUUAUUAAAGUGUCACAAAAUAUGAAAACACAUAUUUAGUCAUUAGGACUGAUGGAUGAAUUUUUAAAGCAACGUGUUCUCAUUUUUACUGUUACUUGAACAGUAAAAUGCACGUUGGGCCCACACAUGGGCGGGGACCAUCCGAUGUUUACGGACCACAUAUUAUAUUCAUCUUGGUUUAGAUAAUAUUUAUAUGAGGUUGUAAAUAAAUGUUGAGCCAUAAAGUUGGCAUUUCGAUCAAACGAGGUCUCAUUACCAGUAUAGGUAAUUAAACCGAUAACAACCCAAAAUUAAUUUCGGCGACCACGAAAUUAAAGUGGGAUAAUAUAUAUUCAUUUUAGAGGCCAAUAUUAAUUGGAAGAAUGAUAUAUAUUUUAUUUAACACGAUAAAAUAAAAUAUAAUUGAAACAGUCCAGAAAAUACAACUUUCGGGACCGAUUGUACACUUUUGGACUUAAAGGGAUGACCUCCCACAUUAGUGGGGGCCACCCCACGAAAUUAUUCAGCAAAGUAGACAAAGGGACGGCUGUAUAAUGGUAGGAAAGAAAUAGGAAGUUGGCUUGAAGUGAUGAGCAUCAAUGAGAGACAUAUGUGGACCCUUUUCCUUAAUAUUAUGGGUGGAAUGAGCCAAAAGGACAUCAAUCUCUCUCCCCUCAAUCACCCACUCGGCCAGCACCAUCAAGAGAGGGAGAAGAACCUCUGUAAACAUACCUCCAUAGCCAUGAACCGAGCUCAAGGAGGAAGAAGGCUCAAGGAAGAAGAAAAGCUCGGAAAAGAAGAGAAAAACUUAGUAAAACCAAGGAAUUUUACCAAGGUAUUCUAGACUUCUCGAGGAAUCUAGGAGUGGCCGGAAAGUCGCCGGAGCCGCCGGAGUUUUUUCCGAAAAAUUCAAAAGUCGCCGGAGUUCAAACAAAGAAGAUAAAAGCUUGCUAGCGUCAUUUCGAGGUUGAAGCUAGAGCUUACUUCCUGCACCCGUUGCUUGGGAGAUCGAUGGAGAGAAGACGUGGAAUGGGUGGUAGUGAUAGGGCGGUUCGAGGAAAUCCGAGAGGGCGCGCAUCGGGGAUAACCGGGCAAGCCAAUCGGGGGAUAUCAAGGUCACGUAAAAGGCGAGGUAUGGGCAAUCAAGGCCCACGAACACGAGCUGCGAUGGCUGAUCACAAUGUGACUGAAUUCGAGUCGUGGAACUCGGAGGAUGACUCAACUUAUCACCCUCAAAGCGAGUCAGAUGAAACUUCUUUUGAGGAAAACAGUGGAGAGGAUAUACGUAGUAUUCCUCCGGACCAUGUUAGUGAGAUGUACCGAUGGUACCAACGUGAAAUGGGAAGACAACGACAGGGAUCUCAGGAGGGACAUGUCAGAGGCGAGACCUCUCUCAGGAGGGUUCGGGGUGCUCUUACAGCACAGGUUAAGACAGUCAGAGAUUCUGAUGGCGAAGGACCAUUCGUUAGGAUCUCAAAGUACCUCAAAGAGGCUAGAGCCUUGGGGUGCAAACCAUUUGAUGGGACGGAGGACAUAUCAGAAGCAGCCGAGUGGAUAAAAAGGUUAAAUGAUGCAGCUGAGGACAUGCAGGUGGUCCCUGAACGAAAGUUAAGGGUGGCCACUAGAUUAUUGGAGGGUUUAGCUUCUACUUGGUGGGAAGGCACCAAGGGUAAGUUUGACGGGGUUGUCACGUGGGACAACUUCGAGCAAGCAUUCUAUGAGCAGUUUUACACCUCAUUCGAAGUAAAUCGAAAGAGGAGGGAAUAUAUCGAUCUCAAACAGGGAAAUGAGUUUACGGUGAAGCAACUGGAACAAAGAUUCCGACAUCUGGCAAGGUUCUUGCCUGAGUAUGCCGCAAAUGAGAACCGAAUGGCAAACCAUUUUUGGAACGCACCCAAUUUGGAAAUACGCGAAAGAGCGACCUACCAAUUCAACAUGACUUUUAGUCAAGUAGUAGCCCAGGGUCUCCAGGGGGAGGAGCUUUGGAAGGAAAGGCAAGCAAGGGAUGCAAAGGAAGCACAAGAAAGAGAUCAGGUGAUCAUUCACCCUCCACGACGAGAGGGGAAGUAUGAACUUCAUAGCAAGGAGGACUCUAACAAGUUAGUUCCGUUUUUCAGUGAGAGUCAGAACUUGGUAAGUCAAAGCUCAAGCACUCGGGGCACGGGGGCACCCAAAUGUGAGAAUUGUAGGCGAAGGCACUACGGGAGAUGUCGAGAGCCAUCUAGAUGUUACUUUUGUGGAGAAACAGGCCACAUCAAGGUCCUUUGUCCUCAACGUACGCGUGAAGGAACAUCAGGAGCUAGAGGAGGGGUCACGGGGGUUGAAAACCCAACUAGGGUUGCCUCAAACGUGGUACCUUCUACAAGUCAAUGGCGAACUCGCUCGUGAAGGCCGGAAAUGGCGGAAGCCAUUUGUUAGGCCCGACUAUGGCAUAAGGUAUUAUUAAAUUAAACUUUAAUUUCCAUAAAUAUUUUUAUGUUCAAAUUUUUUAGCUUCAGAAAAUGAAGGGAGAAAUGUUUCUCAAGGUUCAGACGUUAAUUUCGGGGACGAAAUUCCUGUAAGGUGGGGUGAACUUGUAACACCGGACCCGAAUUUUACUGUGAGAAUUUUUUUUUUUUUUCAUCAAGUACUGGGUUAAAGAAGGUAAAUCAAGGCUAAGAGUAGUCUUGAUAAAUGAGAAAGUAAAAAUUUUGUCUUAAAUUAAUAAAGGGUUAUUAAUUUAGACGUGGGACCACUCGUGAUAUUCUAAGUUCAUUUAUAAAAUAUUAAUGUUUACCAAAAUGAUACUAUUAUGAUAGUAGGGAUGGGUCAUGGACCCAGUGAUAUAAAGAAACGACAACUAGACGGCCAAGCGGGCUGGGGUCUCUAUUCGAUAAUUGGGAAUCAUUAAUCAUCGAACUGAUAAUAAUUCGGAAGGCUACGAAUUAAUAACAGAAGGAAUAUAAAUGUUUUAAAAACCCAAAAUAAUGGGAUGAUAAUGUAUGAUUAAAUUGACAUAUUAGAGGUGGGUACUUUUGGAGGACCCUACCUUGAAGAUAUUUUCGUAUAAGAAUAAACAGAUAAGAUUUUAUCUGCUUAUACAGUUGGGACCACUUAAAAAUAAGUGUAACAUUUUAUUAAAGUGUCACAAAAUAUGAAAACACAUAUUUAGUCAUUAGGACUGAUGGAUGAAUUUUUAAAGCAACGUGUUCUCAUUUUUACUGUUACUUGAACAGUAAAAUGCACGUUGGGCCCACACAUGGGCGGGGACCAUCCGAUGUUUACGGACCACAUAUUAUAUUCAUCUUGGUUUAGAUAAUAUUUAUAUGAGGUUGUAAAUAAAUGUUGAGCCAUAAAGUUGGCAUUUCGAUCAAACGAGGUCUCAUUACCAGUAUAGGUAAUUAAACCGAUAACAACCCAAAAUUAAUUUCGGCGACCACGAAAUUAAAGUGGGAUAAUAUAUAUUCAUUUUAGAGGCCAAUAUUAAUUGGAAGAAUGAUAUAUAUUUUAUUUAACACGAUAAAAUAAAAUAUAAUUGAAACAGUCCAGAAAAUACAACUUUCGGGACCGAUUGUACACUUUUGGACUUAAAGGGAUGACCUCCCACAUUAGUGGGGGCCACCCCACGAAAUUAUUCAGCAAAGUAGACAAAGGGACGGCUGUAUAAUGGUAGGAAAGAAAUAGGAAGUUGGCUUGAAGUGAUGAGCAUCAAUGAGAGACAUAUGUGGACCCUUUUCCUUAAUAUUAUGGGUGGAAUGAGCCAAAAGGACAUCAAUCUCUCUCCCCUCAAUCACCCACUCGGCCAGCACCAUCAAGAGAGGGAGAAGAACCUCUGUAAACAUACCUCCAUAGCCAUGAACCGAGCUCAAGGAGGAAGAAGGCUCAAGGAAGAAGAAAAGCUCGGAAAAGAAGAGAAAAACUUAGUAAAACCAAGGUAAUGACUUCAAUAGUAUUUUUCUUCCUUCAUUUAAUCUCAUAUGAUUUUAUAAAUCAUAUGAUAAACUUCUAGAGGUGUUGAAUGAGGGUUUGGAAGGUUAAGUUUAACCAUGAACGGAGUUAUGGCCGGAGUAAGACCGGUUCACCGGAAAACACCUUCUUGGAAGGUUUUGACAUUUAUACCACUUUUGGUUGUGAAAACUUGUUAGGAAUUUUACCAAGGUAUUCUAGACUUCUCGAGGAAUCUAGGAGUGGCCGGAAAGUCGCCGGAGCCGCCGGAGUUUUUUCCGAAAAAUUCAAAAGUCGCCGGAGUUCAAACAAAGAAGAUAAAAGCUUGCUAGCGUCAUUUCGAGGUUGAAGCUAGAGCUUACUUCCUGCACCCGUUGCUUGGGAGAUCGAUGGAGAGAAGACGUGGUUCGUGCUUCCUCUCGUUCCAUUUUUAAAUAAUUAAAUAAUGUUCAUGGAACUAUUUUGACUUAUAAAUUAAUGGAGCCUGCGAGCUCUUGUUUUACCCUUGUGUGGGUUCUUAUUAAACACUUAUAUUCCGCUAUGUGUUUGAUUGUAUGUUGAUGUUGUUAUGUAUGUUUACUAAUCGGUUUUGGCAUAUGUAUCUAUCGGA